UUUCUCACUCUCCAUUCCUCUCUUUGACUUGUCACUGCAUCUCUCAGGCCCUUUGCAACUUUGGUAUCCGGGAUUCUUGAUCGCGCCGCAAUUACACCAGGACAGGAUGCCCUCCUACUUCUCCCGUCUCAACCCUGUGCCGACCUUCCCCUCCUACACGGGGCCUUACAAAGUAGGGACCGUUGAUGUCGAAAUCCCCGUCGCCGAACUCGAAUCUCCUUCUCCCGCUCCCGACGACUCCAUCUCGACCGUCCAAUACCGCGUCUUUUACCCAUGCGAACCAGAUGCCAAAGGAAAGACGGCGACUUGGCUUCCAGCGCCGCAGCGGGGUUAUGUCUCUGCGUAUACACGGUUCCUGGGCGCUGGCUCUUUGCUGGCAGAGCUAAUCUCAUACUUCCCUCGUCUCCUCCAUUACAUUUCAAUUCCCGUCCUUAAGAAUGCCCCUCUCCUACCACCCACCACUUCAACUAAUCGCUGGCCGUUGAUGAUAUUUUCGCACGGUCUUGGGGGAUCAAGAAACGCAUAUUCAUACCUCGUGGGCUCAAUUGCAUCUCACGGCGUCAUUGUCAUUGCCCCUGAGCACCGCGAUGGCUCUACACCAAUAUCCUAUAUUCGAGAAGUCCCAUCCACAAAUUCUUCAGAAGAGAAAUCAUUGCCAAACAAAGCCAAACGGACGGUGAACUACCACCGUCUGUCCCACACACCCACUCCUGAAGUAGAGGCAGGACGGAACGCGCAAUUGAAGAUCCGCCUUUGGGAACUCGGCCUAAUCCAUGAUUCGAUCCUGAAGAUCGACAUCGGUAAACAUAUAACAAAUCUUAACUCAUCUUCUGUCUCCCUCGCAAUGUUCAAAGAUCAGAUGAACGUGCAUGAACCGGGAAAAAUCACCUUCGCAGGCCACUCCUUUGGCGCUGCUACUGUCACACAAUUCGUGAAGAGUACUUUCUACUCCCCCGAUAACUCAAAUGUCCCGGAAGGACAUGAGACGCUCUUCACGCCCUCUUCGCGCUCGCCAAUUGUUCAGCAAAUUACGCCAAACACUCCGGUUAUAUUACUAGAUGUCUGGUGUCUCCCCCUCCGCGCUGCGACCACAAGGUGGUUAUGGGAUAAACCCUUCCCUUGUUAUACAGAAAAUGGGCCAGGGGGGAAGGCGCUGUUAGCGGUAGAAAGCCAGGCAUUUUAUAAAUGGCAUGUGCACUUGAAAGCCACGAAACGUGUUCUGUCGCCCAAUCCAGCUUCCGACGAAUAUAACUAUCAGCGGGGAGACGGAACUGAAUGGGCCAAGCCUAACUUCUACUACGCUUCAACCUCGGCGCAUCUGAGCCAGUCUGAUUUCGGUGUCCUCUUCCCCUGGAUCACGCGGAAAUUCCUAGCGAUCGAGGAGCCGGAGAGGAUCAUGAAGUUGAAUAUCCGGGCCGUCCUGCAACUUCUUAGAUCCCAGGAUAUCGAGGUUAGCCAAACGAGCGCAGAGGAUAUGGAAUUGGAUCCUGAGACCGGCGUUGACACGAAAGAUGAUACCCUUAUAUUCGGAACGAAGGGGGAAAUCAGGGGGUGGAAUUGGCUCAGUACGGAUGUUCAUGAGGUUGAGGAUGAUGAACCGGAAGCCACCACCAAGAUAGAGAACCAGGAACACAUGAAAGAACCGACUGACGCCGUCAUUGGGAACGAGUUGAUGAAGCAGAAGGAGGGCACAACCGAGCGGCUGUAAGCGCAGCGGAAGAAGUUUCUUCAAGAGGCAGCCAGACGGGAGCUGAUGCUCCUACUACGCUAUCAUGAUGUUACGAAACGUGUUUAUGGGAAGGAAUUAUGUUUUACUUUGGUCGUUGCUCGCAUACCCGCGUCGUUUAUGGAGUUUGCCAUUUUAGAGUCUGGGAAUCAUAGGAAUAGACACGGGGAUAUGGAAAAGGAGCGGUUUAGGGGUGAAGCUUGAGAAUUAAAGCGGGUUUAAUAAUCUCUCAUUUACUCUGCACAUAAAGAUCUAUGUUCUACUCUUUACAGAAAUCUAAGGGCUCUUUAGUGGC